ACUUACAAGUUUUUUUUUUUUUUUGCGCCUUUGUUUGCUAGGAUAGAAACUUACAAGUUAUGCGGCUUAGAAAUAGAAAUUGAACACGUGUAGAGAAUUGUAACGAACCUUCGCUCGCUUUUCUGUUAGCCGCCUCAAAAGCCUUCUAAAACCCUAAACAGCUUGGCCUUAACUUUUCUGCUCGCUUUUCCCGUAAAGAAAUAAAACCCGAAUGGCCGCUCGUCUCGCCCUCCGUCUCCGAUCGCAUUCAUUCCGCACCACAACCACCACAACGACGUCGUAUUUCCACCACCGACCCAUCGUCAAAUCCCCCACUCCGAUUCUCUCCCCACUCUCCGAUCUCCGUAUACUCCAGAGCGACCUCCCUUUCACGCUCCGAUUACUCUCGACGGCACGUCGAAACCCGACCCGGCCCAAAGUGGAUAUCGGAGCGCGAGCUCGUCAGCUUCAGACACGACGGCUAUGGACCUACGCCUUGACAUUCAGCUGCAUCGCCGGUUUCAUCGUGAUCGUCCUCAACAAUUUCCAAGACCAAUUGGUCUUCUACGUGACCCCAACCGACGCUCUCGAGAAGUACUCGGCGAACCCCAACAAGACCAAGUUCAGGCUCGGGGGUUUAGUCCUGGAAGGAAGCGUGGUCCACCCGGCAUCGUCGUCGGAGAUGGAGUUCGUGAUCACGGACCUGAUCACCGAUAUCCUGGUCAGAUACCAAGGAUCGCUGCCUGAUUUGUUCAGGGAAGGGCAUUCUGUGGUGGUGGAAGGAUUCGUGAAGCCAUUCACGGAUGAGAUUCGGAAGGAGGUAUCGGCCAAGAGCGUCUCCGGGAAGGCGAGGAGCGGCGACUGCUACUUUUCGGCGACGGAGGUUUUGGCAAAGCAUGACGAGAAGUACAUGCCUGCGGAAGUUGCAGCGGCAAUUGAGAAGAAUAAGAAGAAGAUUGAAGCCGGUGAAGAAAGUGAGAUCCAAUUCAAGAGCUCAUAGAUCAAUGAAUGGCGUACGAUUUGAAUCGAUUUUUUAUUAUCAACUUUUUUUUGGGUCGUAUUUGAUUUAUAUUGGAUAUAAAUCGAUUUUUUACAUAGGAUGGAAGGAGAAUUGAUUAAUUUGAUUUGAUUAAUGUUCAAUUGAGGGACUAGAUUACUAAUCUCUGUUGAAAAAGAGAGUUAAUUUUGAUGACUCGAGUCUUAAGGUUCUUAAAAGUUCCAGUUUUGUUGUUGUAAUGAGCAAUACUUCUGUAGUUCCAUGGUUAAUUUUUAUGGUCUUCCACUUUAAAUGAGUAAUGAAAUAACGUCAUUAAUUGAGAAUGACGCACCGCAUCAAAAUUUA